AUGGCUGAAGCAGACCCCGAAGUCAUUGUGGCCGUUGUGGCUCUCCUUGUGUCUCUGGUUGCUCUAGCAGCUACUUUCAUGCAGGUUAUGCAGCAAUACUAUGCCUCUGCUGCAGGAUACGCCCAAUGUAACGAGAAAGUAAUGGGCAGAUGGGCCCUUACAAAAACCCGUCGUUUCUCAUGGGACGAGCUUCGUUUCGAGGUCGAGUUCGAAGCACCCGUCAUAUUCGUUUCGCCUCCAGACAACAAGAACGGUCCUAUACAGGGAGCCGAGAUCUACUUCCUGGACGGCAGCGACGAAAGUCUCGACAACACUUGGUCCGAACUGGACAUCAACUUCAGAGAAGAAUAUGCAUUGAAGACGAAACGAGAGCGCAUUCACACUGCCGACAAUGAGCGAGCUUCCUGGACACUACUCCUCAGCGCAGUACAGCGCAUGGAAAACGAGUCGGACAAAUGGCAGAAGACCCAAUACGGAGAGAUGCACAAACAAAUUGGCCCUCCCAAUGCGCAGGAACAUAAGACCGAUCUUCCCACAGAGCCUCCGAGUUUGUACGAGGCGCAUACCAUGACAGUAGCUCUUCAGCGCAAACGCAAAAGCUGGGACACAAUGCCUGCAACCGUUCUCCGACCAUACGCGACAACAACUAUAUGCCAUCUAAUCGAAAUGCUGGCAGCCCUGGGUAUCUACUGGAAAGAGUUUGACCGAAGACGUGACCGCUACCGCGCCGAGGGCAAUGGGUUCAUGGUCCUUGGAGAAAAGGUCGCCGAUCUUGGUUUGAUGUUCACCUUUAGUGUUUACGGCAGGAGUCGCUUCGAGCACAACCGAGUCAUUCCUGUGGACCAAGUAAAGGAGCUGUGCUUCGGCUAUGUGUCCACCAUUUACAGCGUGACAUUGGACCAGCGACGUCUUCAGUUCCCAGAAGAUGACCCCGAAAACUUGGCUUUCCUCCAAUUGGCAACUCGCGGCGAGAUCUCGCAGACUUUGAUCAAAAUUGGAUGUAAUACCAAUGCUGUUCGUGCUUUCCAGGAUGCUGGCAAGCACACAUCACAUCUAUUUCCUGUGAUGGAGGCUUACUACGAGCUUGUUGGUGUAUCAUUGUCAGGAGCGCGCCGAAACCAAGUCAUUCUUGAUAAGACCAAGAAACAUAUCGAAAACAUUCUGGAUCACAACAAGGGUGGCAAUAUGGCGGAAAGAAUGUUGAUGCUCAAGGCUCUUCAUGAAGCAAUUGACGACUGCGAUCAAAUCCUGACGGCCAAGGAACCUGCUGGUGUCGUCACCCCCUUUGCUGAGCAGAUGGGCAUCAAAGUUCACGAGACCGAGGUCCAACAGAAGCGCCGAGAGAUGGUUCAAGAUGUUCUUCGAUCACACAUCCAAGAGGUUCUACGUCUUCUCAACGAUGGCGAGGACCGUUCAUCUGACGCGCAAUCUUUACAUGCUGAAUGGAGCCCAGCAGCAGCGCACCCUCGACCAGACGGACAACCUAGAGUGACUCCCCUUGGGUUCGAAGAUAUGCACGAAGCCAGCCCGGACGAGCGACAGCAUAAAUUUAUGGAAGUCUACUUCCAUGUAAUCCGCGAAAAGGUUGUCCCACGCGCUGCUCGCUCGACAGAUCGACGAACAAGCAUCGGCGGAGCCCCUCCAGGCCACGGUUUCCGAAGAGCAGGUACAGGUAGGACCCAAGCAAGCAGCAUGCGCGGUAUGGAACGAGGCUCGUCUCCACCACCGCCCAUGCCAGCACCUCGUCUACAAACAAGCGUGGAGAACAUACCGCUCAACACCAUGUCAAACGGCCGUCCCUCCAUGUCUAGCAGACCUGGCAGCGCCGUGAGCGAGGCUUAUUCACUGCUCAGUGAGACACCGAGAGGAAGGCUCGAGGGCGCUUUGUAUGAGCAGGAGGUGUCGCAUGACGAUGCUUGGUUCUUUGGAUGUAUAAAAGACGGCAAUCACAUUCCAUCUCAGGGGAACUAUACGCCAAGAACCCUCCAUCGGUCAACCCAGCCCCCGAUCGGAACACCCCCGCAUCGGCGCCCACCUCGAACUGGAAAUCCGGGUGUCGGGUAUGCCGAAGGCGACGGCGACGGCGCUGCCUUGUUGUUUCGGCUGACUAAGUAA